AUGAAUGUAGGUUUGCAUGUUGCAAGUCUUCGAGCGGCACGACUGGGAGUUUUCCCGACCCGCCUCGUUUCGUUAUAUUCCCGGCUGGCCCUGCCUCGCCUCGUUCAGCUUUGCUACUUCUUCCUGAAGGACAUCACCUUCCUGAAGGACAUUACCUUCCUGAAGGACAUUACCUUCCUGAAGGACAUUACCUUCCUGAAGGACAUCACCUUCCUGGAGGACAUUACCUUCCUGGAGAACAUUACCUUCCUGAAGGACAUUACCUUCCUGAAGGAUAUCACCUUCCUGAAGGAUAUCACCUUCCUGGAGGACAUUACCUUCCUGGAAGACAUUACCUUCCUGAAGGACAUUACCUUCCUGGAAGACAUCACCUUCCUGAAGGACAUUACCUUCCGGAAGGAAAUCACCUUCCUGAAGGACACCACCUCCCCAUAG